UGCUAUGUGAAUGUUAAUACAUUUCAAGUGAUAUGUUUUUCGCAGGCGCACUUCAUGCUUUUUCAACUUUUAACAAUCGUUGCAAGUUUUUCUCCCCGGGGGACGAUCGGCCCGUCGGGAUUUGAAAUCAUAACACGUUCUCCGUAUGUACCUGCAGCGUACUACAAUUACCGUCAGUACAAUGACGGCAGAUUGGAAAAUCCUGUUAGAGCUAAUAACUUCCGCUCUGGCGGGGAUAUCGUCGAUUACGGAUACAGCGCCGGAAAUUCAAUGGUCGAAGACAAAAUGAACUCUCUCUCUCGACUCGAUAAAGGCGAUGUUAUGAAUAUCAACUUUAUGGGUACGGAAAUCUCACCUGAAGCUGGAACAUAUAAAAACCCCGUUGAUGCAGUAUCAAUAGAAAAUAUAGAAUUUUCGUCUGCCACUGAACCAGAAUAUAAACCAGAUGCUUUUGAAGAGGACUUUCUCGAUCGUACCCAUUACCCUCCAGAUGUAGUAGCGUCGUUAAUAGGAGGAUAACGAAUGUAAUGUAAUGUAAAGAUAGUGAAAAACCCUUAGUGUGU